CGCCAUAUUUCUUUCGAUCGAUGUGUGUGAGUAUUGAGGCACAACUGGUUAUGGAACAGUAUGCCCUGAACUCCAUGAUAUGAAAUAAAAUAAUCAAGUAUGAUUAAUCAGUUUAGUCAGACAAUUUCUUGUUUAACUAACGCCGGAUCUGCAAUUUGCUUGUUAAAUUUUCCAAGGCUGUCAUUUUUUGGGAAGCUACAGGCUCAAAUUGUUUUGGUCGCAAAGAAACAAGUUUUACAACGGUUCUCGAUGCCCUCAUAAAUAUACAAUUCAUAUCUUACAAACACUAUGAUCUUUGAGGGUGUCGGAAAUCGGAGGGAGUGAUGAACGGCAAAUGUUUACAUUGAAGUUGAUGUAAUGUUUUGUACUACGAUAACUCCCAUUUCGGCUGGUUUGUUAUGGUUCGGAUUUUGUUGUUGAACAGUGAUUGGGUGUUGUGUUCUACAUAGUACAAGGAGCUGCUGAGAUGGCCAAUUCUACAAAAGCUUCCAAGGCUGAUGAUGAUGCUAAAGAGCCCAUUCCUAAGACAGUGGGAAGCUCUCCUUAUAGUGAUGCAGUGUAUCAUGAGCUGUCGAGGUUAAAUGGCCAGGUUAAUAGAAUGAACAAGCAGACACUAAUACAGAAAAUGAGGGGCCUACGACUGAGCACAGAAGGAUCAACAGAUGUCCUAAAAAAGCGCCUGAAGAAUUAUUAUAAGAAAAGGAAGCUGGCUACAAUCAAUGUGACUUCUUCUCAUAAACUUUACCCAUAUUAUGUGAUUGUAGAUUUUGAAGCUACGUGUGAAGAAGUAAAUCCACCAGAUUAUCCGCAUGAAAUAAUAGAGUUCCCAGCAGUGCUGGUAAAUUCAGAAAAGCAAGAAAUUGAGGAUUGUUUUCAGUCAUAUUGUAGACCAACUGUAAAAUCAACACUGUCUAAAUUUUGCACUGAAUUGACGGGAAUCACUCAGGAGCAAGUUGACAAAGCUGAAACAUUUCCAGAAGUUCUGUCACGUUUUGAAGCUUGGCUGGUAGAACAUGGACUUGGAACAAAGUACAAGUAUGCCAUCGUGACAGAUGGGCCUUGGGAUAUGGGGAGGUUUCUAUAUGGCCAAUGCCAGCUCUCUGGCAUACCGUACCCAAGUUUUGGCAAAAAAUGGAUAAAUAUUAGAAAGACAUUCAGCAAUUUCUACAAAAGUAAAAGGUAUUGCUUGAAGAUGAUGAUUGAUCACCUAGAAAUUGGAUUUGAAGGAAGGCCUCACUGUGGUAUUGAUGAUGCUAGAAACAUAGCUAGAGUGCUGAUACACCUAAUUGCAGAUGGUGCGAAUGUGCACAUUAAUGAACGUAUACAUUUAACAGCAGGUCAUAAUAAAAUGAAAGUUGUCGCUGAGGAUGGGAACCAGGAUGCAAGAGGAUAUAUUUUUAUAGCUGCCAUAGCUCCUCUGGCAACUGCAGUUGUGUUUUACCUUUAUUCGCAGUGGGUGUUGUGAAGAAGGCAAAGACUGGUGUGAUGUGCUGUUUGAGUUGUACAGUACAAUUGACUUUGUUUGUACAGAGAAAAAUGUUUUUUCAAUUCUUGUUACUUUAUCCGUCUUGUAAUACAAUUUUAUUGAAAUAUGUUUAUCAUAAAAUGGAUGCUUCUGUUCAA